AUGAAAUUUAUCAUUGAUGGUGAAGACAAGGUUUCUCAUGAUUGGUUAAAGCUGAUGCUUGAGCUGACAAGCAAGCUGCUGACAGGAACAGAGGUGUACAAGUUAUAUGAUUACAUCCUCUCCACAUGUGCUGACCCCGAACAGGCAUACUUGCACUUGUCCCUUGUUGCCACCCUCGCAGACCCUCUUCCCAUCUCACAACUCUCAACACUUCUUGGCCCUGGUUUGGGAAGAGAUGUGCAGACAACACUGAUACAACUACAGUCUGUCAUGGAUAUCCCUACAGACAGCACUCUUCCCAUGAAUAUCUUUUACUUGUCCAUUCACAACUACGUUUCCAACCCCUUGAACUGCAGCCUCCCUCAAGUAUGUGAUAUCACAUCACCCCACUCCCUACUUGCUGGUUCUGCUCUUCACUUGAUGGUGAAAGACAUUCCAGAAAGCAUGGCUCUCUUGGGUGCACUCUCAGAACUGAAGAAGCAAAGCAAAGCUAUGCAACCCAAGCAACAAGGAUCGCCACAGCCACACAGCUUGUCACAGGUCACAUAG